CACCCUCUCUUAAUUAAAUUAUUCUAAUUUAUUAUCUGCCCUUCCCGCCCCAGUACAUUGCGCACGGUGCGCACUGCGCUCACUCCCCUGAUCUGCUCCCUCCGUUCUCUCCGCCACCUCUCUGUUUCCAGUGUGCGUACCUCGCCUCCCUGCCCUUUUUAGCAAGCACCGUUAGCAUAAAACCCUAGAUCUCGAAAGCACAAGAUUUCUCUACUCCGAGCUCUCUGAUCCGAGUGGUUGGCAGUUCGUUGUUCGCGGUUCGAGUCGCGAUGGCGGCUCGAUUUCUGGUUGCGAUGUCUGUGGUAGUUCUCUUGAUUGAGAGUUGUAUGGCGGCGAUGUUUUCUGCUAGGCUCAUUCACCGGUUCUCUGAUGAGGUGAAGGCGUUCAGGGCGGCGAGGAGCGGGUUGUCUGGGUCGUGGCCGGAGUGGAGGACUAUGGAGUACUACAAAAUGCUGGUGAGGAGUGAUUGGGAGAGGCAGAAGGUAAUGCUCGGGUCCAAGUAUCAGUUUCUGUUCCCGUCCGAGGGGAGCAAAACGAUGUCGUUCGGUAACGACUAUGGAUGGUUGCAUUAUACUUGGAUUGAUAUAGGGACACCCAAUAUUUCUUUUCUUGUUGCAUUGGAUGCUGGGAGUGAUCUACUAUGGAUUCCGUGUGACUGCAUACAAUGCGCUCCCUUAUCCGCCAGCUAUUAUGGUAGUCUGGAUAGAGAUCUAAAUCAGUACAGUCCAUCUGGUUCAAGCACCAGCAAGCACCUGUCUUGUAGCCAUCAGUUAUGUGAAUCAAGUCCAAACUGUGAUAGUCCUAAGCAGCUAUGCCCUUACACUAUAAACUACUACUCUGAAAAUACAUCAAGCUCUGGAUUGCUGAUUGAGGACAUCCUACAUCUUACAUCAGGCAUUGAUGAUGCAUCUAACUCCUCUGUGCGGGCCCCAGUCAUCAUAGGAUGUGGUAUGAGGCAAACUGGUGGUUACUUGGAUGGAGUUGCUCCUGAUGGUCUUAUGGGUUUGGGGCUUGGAGAAAUUUCAGUUCCAAGUUUUCUUUCAAAAGCAGGACUGGUAAAGAACUCUUUCUCAUUGUGUUUUAAUGAUGAUGAUUCUGGGAGAAUCUUUUUUGGGGACCAAGGACUAGCUACUCAACAAACUACUCUCUUCUUGCCUUCAGAUGGAAAAUAUGAAACCUACAUAGUUGGAGUAGAGGCAUGCUGUAUUGGGAGUUCUUGUAUUAAACAAACAAGCUUCAGAGCACUGGUUGACAGUGGGGCAUCAUUUACAUUUCUUCCAGAUGAAUCAUAUAGAAAUGUUGUUGAUGAGUUUGACAAACAAGUGAAUGCCACGCGAUUUAGCUUUGAAGGAUAUCCUUGGGAAUAUUGCUAUAAAUCCAGUUCAAAAGAGUUGUUAAAGAAUCCCUCUGUGAUACUCAAGUUUGCACUGAACAACAGCUUUGUGGUUCACAACCCUGUUUUUGUGGUCCAUGGCUAUCAGGGAGUUGUUGGAUUUUGUUUAGCCAUACAGCCAGCAGAUGGAGAUAUUGGAAUCCUUGGACAGAACUUCAUGACCGGAUACCGGAUGGUGUUUGACCGAGAAAAUUUGAAGCUGGGAUGGUCUCGUUCAAAUUGUCAAGAUCUCACUGAUGGCGAGAGAAUGCCCCUUACUCCAUCCCCAAAUGACAGACCACCGAAUCCAUUGCCUGCAAAUGAGCAGCAGAACACCCAUAGUGGGCACACAAUUACUCCUGCAGUCGCUGGAAGGGCUCCCUCCAAUCCCUCCGCCGCCUCCACACAGCUCAUUUUGUCCCAGUUUUGUUUGGUGAAAUCUCUGCCUCUUAUGCUCUUGCUAUUGCAUCUACUACCUUCAGCCUUCUAAGUAAAUACCAGAGGAUGCCAAUCUCCUAUACAUUUAAUUUAAACUAUCAAUGUAGUCAGUCUUACAUGUAAAUCCAUCCAGUCUCUCUUUAUCCGUGUCUUUUUUCUUUGCUUCCCAUGUGGAGCUUUCUUGUCAUCCAAUGCCCUCUUUUUCUUUAAGGACAUUGGAUCAAUCAGGCGAAUAUUGUAUUCCACUCUUUCUUUUAGUGUUCUCCUUAUAUGUAAUAGCUCACUUUUGGUCUA